AUGAAUGAAAACUCGCAAAAUGGCGCAAGUCGCAGCGGACAGUGCGUGGAAGUGGCCGUGCGCGUGCGGCCGUUCCUUCCCAAGGAGAUGCUGAGUGGAACCAACGGUGUUAAUGGCUCAACGGUGGGAUCCGUCGCCAUCGACAAAGAGUACAACGCGAUCCAAGUCACGUCAGCGUCGACGACCGCGUCGUUCUGCUUUGAUCACGUGUUGGGACCGGAAUGCACGCAGGAUCAAAUGUUUGCGCGGGUGUUGCAGCCGAAAGUGUUCACGUUCCUCAACGGAUUCAACACGACCGUCAUUGGGUACGGUCAAACCGCAAGUGGCAAGUCGCAUACUAUUGGAAGCGGGUUGACAAACCAAAGCGAAGCGCACUGGGGCCUCAUCCCGCGCAUGUUGCACGAGAUCUUUCGCAAGAUCGAAGCCGACAAGCUCGACGCGCAACUACACGUGUCCUUUCUCGAGAUUUACGGCGAAGACAUCCACGACUUGCUGCUACCGAUCACGAACACCAAGACAUCCAGGACCCCGCUCAACUUGCGGCAGGACCGGUCCGGCGUGUUUGUCCAGGGCAUCCGCGAGGUGCCCAUCACGAGCGCCCACGCCGCCCUCGAGCAGCUGCGCAUCGGGUGCAUGGCGCGCAUCACCGGCAGCACGGAAAUGAACGACUCGUCCAGCCGAUCCCAUGCCGUGUACACGCUGACGCUGGUUCAAAAGACCCAGCGCACCCAGCCAGACGACGCCACGUUUGUCGACACGGUCACGACCAUAUCGAAAUUUACAUUUGUCGACUUGGCCGGCAGCGAACGGUUGAAGAAAACGAUGGCAGAAGGCACGCGGAUGAAGGAAGGCAUUCAAAUCAAUGUGGGUCUACUGGCGUUGGGAAACGUAAUCAACGCACUGGGGGAAGACGACCAGAGCGACCCAAAGAAGAAGAGCGGCGACGGCACCGCCAAGUUUGUUCCGUACCGGUCCUCCAAGCUCACGCGGCUGCUGCAGGACGCGUUAGGCGGCAACAGUCGCACGCUGUUCAUUGCAUGUGUGUCGCCAGCGUGGGGCAACGCCGCCGAGAGUUUGAGCACGCUGCAGUAUGCCAACCGCGCCCGAAACAUUCAAAACAAGGCGGUCAAGAACGUGGAUCCGCGGUCUGCUGAAGUGUCCAACUUGCAUGCGUACGUGAGCAUAUUGCAGCGCGAGCUCGUACGCUCCAAGUACUUGGAAAACCCAUCAGAUGACACCAAAUUGAAUGCGUUGUUGGCGGACCCAACUAUCCAGCACUUUUUGAAAACGUUAAAGGGCCAAGGCCAGGACGCGCCGCUGUCGUCCGCUCCGCCGGAUAACCGUCCCGCGCCAAACAACAAUAACGAAAAUGAAGACGACGACGACGAGAACCCCAUGGAUGUGACGCGAAUCCCUGCCUGCCUCUGUAUAUUGGAACUCGGUCUGGAAAAGGAAGCCGCGGUGGCCGACUUGGCUCGGUGCGAGCGGGAACUGCAUGUGGAGCGACAGACUUUGGAACUCAAACGAAGGCGGGAAAGGGCGCGUCGGGAUACGCUCGAGCAGCACGUGGUGGCGCUGAAAUUUGACCUGGCACAGUACGACACGUGGCAGCAUGAGCUGGCGUCAUGGCACGACCAAAAGCUGAAACAUCCAGAGGACCAAACUGUGCACGACGAGUGGAAACGAGCCCACGACAGACUCCAGCCCCUGAAAAAGGUGUACGCAGUGUGGAAGUACACGACCGACCGCCUGGACGAGGCCAAGGUGACCGUGGACGCUGUGCAACAAGCGAUGGAGCAGUUGGAAGACAAGCUAAACAACCAACGACAAGUGACUGCUCACGUUGUCGACACAAAAGACAAGGAGAUUGAACAUGUUCGAAAGUACCCGCAGAGCGCGACCAAGUGGAGCCACGUGAGCUGUAUCCAGCACUUGACAGACUUGGAGACCAUGUACGGCAAAGACAUGCUGAAACGCAUGCUUCGGCAGUUGGAAGACGGGGAAAGUCGCUUGUUGACCUGGCUUGACUCGUACACUGCCGAGACUCCGACUCACCCGAGGCAUCCCCGAGCACAAGCGUAUGCCACCGACGUUGUGAACCGACUGCACAUGGAAGAUACCGAGGCGAUGCUGAUGCAAGCCCUGCGAAAACGCGCGAGUGUAUUGAAAAAGUUGCUUCAAAAAGGGCCACUGGGGGACAAUGACAAGGUGGAACUGCAUGCGAUUGACGAGUCGAUUCAAACGCUGAGCGACACGUUAAAGCGAUUGGCGUCGUCGCUGUUAUCGUCCCAACCCGAGAUGGAAACAUUGACGGGGGACGAAGCCGCGGCGGUGAUUCAGGACCUGGUGAUGCUCUUGCAAGAGAGCAAGCGCAUGGAGUUGUGUGCCGUGGUGGCCAAGCAACAAACCCCCAGUGUAUCAUGUUGUCAAGGAGGUAGUACGAACAUUUCUGCGACAACGUCCACGGUGCUGGCCACGGAAGAGUUGGAAAGUCAGCUGCAUGCAUUGAAACUCCACCACGAGCAAGAGAUGAUUGACCAGCUCAAGACUCGCCAAGACAAUCACGACGGAGUGUACGCGGCCCUGGAAGCGUCCGAGGCGCAAGUCGCCGAGCUCAAGCUGCAAGUGCAAUCGCUGACCAAACAAAUCGAAGAAGGCAAGCAGCGCGAGUCGGCGUUCUCGGCACUCCAGCGGUGUCAAGAAAUGAUGGAUGAGCUGGGCAUCAAGGACGACGACAGCGACGAGCCGCUUCGAGACAUUACGACCAAGUGCCAGCAAGAAUUCGAGCGGCUGCUGCUAAAGAAACAAGAGUCAUAUGGGAUUCUCGAUAAGCUCACCCAGGCUAUUCGGCUAUGCGAACAGGCGCUGGGCUUACAACAGCACGCCGAGUUGCUGCCCACGACGGCGAAGCUGACGGAUCAAAUCACGUCGGCGCAGUCGACGCUGGCCGAAUUGGAGAACUCGGUCGCCCAGCGCGCGCUUUUGCGGCUGCGGAACCUCAAGACAGCGUCUGACUUGUGCGACGAGAUGCAACUGGGCGUCGUGUGCGCGCCCGUGCCCGAGUCGUCCGAGCACGAGGAGCGCAUGUCCACGGAACUGCAGCACCAACUCAUGCUUCAGGGCAAGAUCGCCGAGGAACUGCGGCGUCUGCACAACGACAUGUCUGUGUUUUCCAUGUUCGACUCGAUCGGGCAAAACAACGUGCGCGACAUUGUAAACCUCACGACGCGGCUGCUGGCCGAAGGCAACUUGCCCCUCGGGGAACAAGCGGUCGAAGACGACACGGUGCUUAUCGCGUUGCUCAACGAGAUGAAGGAGAGUCGGCUGCGCAAUAUGGAGGAAAUGAUGCACAAUACGCGGGGGUUGUUUGCGGAGCUGCAGUUUGUGGCCGAAGACUUGACCCACAUAAGCCAAAAGGUCGUGGACCGCCUGGCGUUUGCAUUUGACCCAACCAAUCUCGUCCAACGGGUGCUAAACACAGGGGGCGUCAUGGAUUUUACAAGCCACGGACUCUCGUUUAUGCAUGCGCUGUUCACAACGCUCUUGUCUAUCCGAGAAUGCCGGGUUCAAACGAGGCGACGCCUCAAGGUCAAGUGUGCGAUCGCCGACCGAAUGUACCAAUCAGCAAUGGCCACGUGUCAAAGCUGCUUUUACUCGCCACCGAAACAGAUGGUCGUGGAUCACCGCCACGACCACGUGGCCAACGCUGCGUUGACAGAGUGGUGCGAACACGCGUCGCUUGGCACGUUUCGAGUGCGCAAGGCGGCGCAGGCGUCGCUCCGGAUGAUCCAGCAAGAACUGGAUGCAUUUGGGAUGGAGGAGGCCACGGACCGACUCGACUUUAUCCUGGGCACGCGUAACCCUGUUGCAGGGAUGGCGGCGCACGGGAAGAACCUGCUUGAAAAGUACAUGCGCGAGUCCAACGAGGUAGUGACGGUGUCGCAGCUGACGACCAAACAACCAACCCGCGCGCCGUUGGUUUUGUAUGAAGUGGACCCGUACGCUGUGGAAUUGGACGCGAUGCUCAGUCAUGCCCUCGACAGCCAAGUGCUGGACCACCUCCAAACCGAACUGCACGAGUUUCAAACGCUUCAAACGAUCCUCUCGGACGCGUAUAAACGGCUCACGUCCCUUGGAAGUAUCAUGAAAUGUGUCACCCAGAUUCGCGAUUACAACAAAAAGAUUGCCGAGUUUGAGACGGCGGCGAGUGACAGCGACAGAUUGUUGGACCGACGCAACAGUUCACUUCGUCUCUUGGACGAGGAAAAGUUUCGCAAAACCGCUGCCAAGAAAUACCCCUUGUUGGUUCAAAAAGUGCGCGAAGAAAUUCUAAAAUGGACGUCCGAGACAGCAGACGGGUUUGACUUGUCGAUUUUGGGCCAAGACAUGCAAGCGUUGCUGCUCGAUACGAUGAACGUGAACACGGACCUGAUGCACCUGACGCUCCACAACAACAGUCGAAGGCGAAAAGCAGCGUAGGGAUUGAAGAUUAGUCACGUAACGAAAGUUAAAUUAAGCCAAGGCACCUGGAUACGACCACGUUGCCAUGGGAUGGAUGGACGGCACUGAGUGGUAUGUGUCGUCGUCCAGUGGAAGGGGUAGCCGAUUGGGCGCCUUCUCUCGAAACAAACUCCAGGCGCCCCCCAGCCACCACGGUGGACUUCUGAGACGUGGUGCAGCAACUUGCACGGCAACUCCGUGACCUU